GUACACUGAUAAGGGUAUGGUGGAACAGGGGGUAUGUACUGUGAUUGGAGGCUCUAUUAAGGUAAGGGCAGGUAAUGUGGAAUACGUUAUACUCGGCGGCCGGUCUUGGCUAAAAUCAGUCGUCACUGUUACCACAUGUAGACAAGGGUAUGAGCCUUUGUCAGAUCCUUGCCGUGGCUUGUUUUGUGGACAAAACUGCCAGCGUAUUCCGAAUUACCCGCCUUACCAUAUACAUCCAGCAGCAGCGAGUUACAAGAGGCAUAGAUGUAUAGGGUGCAUACCAUGAACCAGAGUGAGGGGGAAUAAACAGACAAACAGACACUGACAGAGGAAGAGAGGGAAAGGUUGCCGUCUUUAAUUCCUGCGUAUCUCCACUGGUGUACCAUACAUUCCUAUGGCUACAUUCCUAUGGCUCUACAUAGACAAUACUACAUUCCUAUGGCUGGAGUCGUCCAAUAGCCUUACAUGAACUAAGGAGUGGAAAUGCCCUUAUUUGGCCAGCCAUCUUUUGGCAAUGUUAGUGGCAGUCUGGGAUUGGUAUUUGGCUCUGUCUCCACAGUCCACACACACACAUCCACACGUCAUCAUGUCACAACACCCCAUUGUAUUCCACAAUCACACCCUUCCCACUGUCACAAUAUCCUUUCUCUCCACGUUCAAUCAUACCCUCCACACUUUUCCCCUCAUCACACACUCCCCACUGACACAAUCACACCCGUCCCACUGUCACAAUCACACCCUCCCCACUGUCACAGCACCCCUCUCCUCACUCUCACAGUAUACCUCACCUCACCUCCCCACCACAGGCACAGGAGGAGGGACCAGCUAUGGGAAGACGGGAGGGGCAGGGGGAGGAGGAGGAGGAGGGAAGUUUGGCAGCUCUGAAAGGUGUCCCAAGUGUGGAGGAGCUGUCUUCAUGGCCGAGAAGAUUGUUGGAGCCGGCAGCAGCUGGCACAUCCGCUGCUUCAACUGCUCCAUUUGCAACAAGAAGUUGGACUCCACUACUGUCUGCGACAAGGAAGGACAGAUCUACUGCAAAUCCUGCUAUGGGAAGGAGUUUGGACCAAAGGGAGUGGGGUUUGGCAUGGGAGCUGGCACCCUCACCACCACCUAGACCACCAACCCACCCAAACCAAUCAUCUCUCACUGUACAUAGACACUUAGUAUAACUGUAGCCAGUAGAGGGCUAUGCAUCAAUCACGUAGGCACACCCUCAAAUGAUGUUGCAUCGAUCAUUAGCUCCACCCUCUAAUGUAAUGUUAGUCCAUUUGCUGUGUGUGUGUUGACAUAGAUAUCAAUUUUGCUCAUUUGUGAUUACAUUCCUGACUAUUAUAACACACACAGAGUAGCUAGUUUAUUUCUCCGUAAUACCGCAUACUGUAUGUACUUCAAACUUGAGGGCAACAGGUCCGAGAGCCAGC